GCUACCCAAGAUCUCUUCUACCAAACUGUCUUUAUUCUAUACAAACAACGUCUGAUCUCCAGCAGUAUUUUAUAAUCCAGCGUCCAAAGAACAGCAGGAACCAUGGCUUUGAUCUCAGGCCUCGCACAUGUCAAUCUCACUGUCCCACCUGGAACACUUGAUCAAGCUGCAGAAUUUUACGGCGAGACGCUUGGCUUGACACAAUCUCCUGUCCCUCAAUUACAGAGAGGCACAUUGGCAUGGUUUAACAUAUCCACCUCAGGCCAACAAAUCCACAUCGCCUUCGGACCACCCGACCCAGUCCCCUCCUCGCGCCAUCCCUGUUUCAAGAUCGACACCGCGGAGAAACUUCUUGAACUGCGCAAGAAGAUCUAUGAGCAUUUUGAACGGGGUGGCGAUGCGGCGCCGAGGGAGGCGGAUAAGCCCGGCGCAGAGAGUAGUGGUGCGAAAGGUGUUGAGUAUCCAACGAGAUUCUUUGCGAGGGACUAUGCGGGGAAUAGGCUGGAGUUUAGUUUGUGAGGAGGAAGGUCGCUGACGGUGGAGCUGUAUGAACUUUGUUUAGAUAAAGCUCUGAGUCUCAGAAGAUUUCAAGACGAACUGCCGUUUCUUUCAUAUCCAUCUUCCCCAUGGCUCUGAGAUAGACUUUUCGUAAGAACUAUCCUCGACGAUGUAGGCAAGAGAGGAAAGUCGCCUC